AUGUCGAAGCUCGACUACAGUCGAGAUUAUUACGCCGAUCUCGAGUUGCCCCCCACGGCAGAUGUCAAUGAGGUGAAGAGGCAGUUCAAGAAGCUUGCAUUGAAAUACCACCCCGACCGAAAUCUGGGCCAUGAAGAUGAAUUCACAGAUAAAUUUCAGGCCAUCCAAUCGGCCCACGAAAUUCUUUCUGAUCCUGCUGCAAAGGCAAAGUUCGACGAAUACCGCAGGCAUAGAACUGGCAGAUACCCAACCUCUUCUGUUCCCAGAAGCGCCGGCAACCCCUAUCAAAAUGUCUCCAAGAAUAUGGCUGAACAGUUUGGCUCGCCACCCAAGCGACGGCCGCCAACGCGCCCUACUCCAAGUACGAGCUCCUCGUCUCGCUACUCGACCUGGGGCCAACCACCGACUGCCAAGAAGACGGAGAAUGCGACUGAGAAUCUACGAGCAUGGGACCGCAUGAGGACUGGACCCACGAACCGAGCAAGCCAGGCCAGCGCUGCCGCCGCAGCUCCUCCUAAUAGCCCCCGGCCGAAUGCCAAGAACAUGGAUCCGCCGCCGCCUCCUCCCCGGUCUGCCGCCCAGGCCAGGCGGGAAGAAGCAAAGUUUGGCACGGGCACGAGAAAAAAGGGGUUCGUCCCAGCGUCACCUCUUGGAGAUGAGCCGCCGGUCAGAAACAGCCACUACAGCACCGGCCUCCACUCGAGCGUCUUUGAAGAGGUCUCGGCGAACCUAAAGAAAGACCGGGAGGCACAUUAUGUUGUUGAUCCCCUGAUGGAACAGUUUAACGAACCUCGCCACAGUACGCCAUAUACGUCUCACCUCAGGGAGAAAACGAACCCUUUUGAAGGUGUCAGUAUGAGUCGAGCCAAGAGCGUGAGGGACGGCUGUCACAGUGGCCACAAUACAGAUGGGGAAACGCCGCCUCCGCCCCCUCAGCGGCAGCGAAGCGUAAGUGUGGGAGAGUCGGACAGCUUCAAGAAGCCGUCGGCCGAAAAGAGCGCCUUUGGCACGGCCGCCGCCAGUCAUCGAUUUGGCUUCCCGUCUCAAGCCGGCGACAAGUACGGCCCUCGCUCCCUAGAAGCAAACUCGGCACCUCCGACCGCCACGUUUGCAAACCCAGGCAGCUCAAGCUCCGCCAUCAACAGCACGACAGUAGACGGAGGUGCUUCAUCAAACGCGAAAAUGGGCCCUAAUGUGUAUGCCACCCUUUUUAAAACCGGAAAAUUUAUUUUCAAUCCCUCUCGGACCUCUUCCCUGUCGUCUAGUGCGCAGAAGACACCUCACCCAAGCGGGCGUGUGGGUGUAGAUAGCAAUGGGGGCAAGUGGCAAGAGAUGCCUAACGGGAAGGCAAAGCUCGACGGCAAAGCCGCCCCCAGUGGAAACAGUUCGCCGUCGACUCGAGAACUCAACAGUUUCGAGAAGUCCCUUCAGGACCAGUUGGAGGGUCUCCUAAGCGUUAGGGGAACACGGCCCUCCAAGCAGCAGUCUGCACCUGGGUAUGGUUGUGGAGUGAAGCCCAAGAGGAGUUGCCUUCGUGUUGGCACGCGCAGAACUAACGCCACUCAUCGUGUCAGAUUCUCGGUUCCCGACGACGACGACGACGAGACGUUCGGCCCGAAUCUGUCCGCCCAGCAGGCUCGAUUCAUGCGAAAUAGUACUGAUAACAUCAAUACCCAAUUCGUUCCAGAUGAGACAGGAGGUGGGAGAUACAAGUUUAACGCAGGUUCAGAUUCAUCGGGAGACGAUGCAUUCCUCCGUGCGAAGCAGCGCUCUAGGACAACCACUCGCGGGCGUCAGUCGCCACUCAAAAACGGAAUGGCGUCAUCGGCUGAAUCAGUUAACAACGCUUCUCAGCAAGAGGCUGGAAAGAAGCCUGGGGGUUUUGACCCCAGUCAAUGGGAGGAGAAGCUUGGCCCUCACUUAUUUGCCCAUCCAACGGGGGCAACAGGGGGCAAAGCGGCCUCGCCCACGCGACCUGUUCGGCCCGCCAAGAAACAACGGCCUAUCCGGGCGGGGGGCGCAUUUGGGACCGCGACGGUGGUGGACGAUGACGAGACGAGUGGCAAUUACCAAGCGCGGCCAACUGCACCGGCCAUGUCGGCUGCCGACAUAAGCGGGGCCCGAAGUCCCAACGCCAUGGACAUCGAUACACCCCCUCCAGAGCCCGCAGCUUCGCAACCGACGAGUGCCCGGACAAUCAACGUCGAGCCUUCCAAGCCCGAGUGGCGUGCCGGCGAUGUUAAUGGUGUGCGAGCCGAUGCUAAUCUGGGGGGCGGGCUUAACAUCAUGCACAAGGUGAACCCCAACGCAGCUGGAUCGGAGGACAGCGAGGAGUUCAGGCGGCCGAUUUUCGCAGAGUUCAGAAACGUCGAGCCAUUCAUGUCUAAGCCAUCGGGGCUCAACUCGUUGAGCGAUAUGACCUCGAAUCUCCCUUUUGAAAGCAAGCCGUCGGCAAAGAUACCCCUGGAGAAGGCGAAGCCCAAGCCCGUGUCCUUUCCCCACCCCCCGGUGGCGCCUCGGCCGCCCCCAAGCUUCGCUAUCGCAACUCCCAAGCCCAAAUCGGCCAUGUGGGCAAGCUAUGCACGCGACUUUGAGAAGUAUCUAAGGGACUGGCCUGUCUUCAACAAGAACAUCGUCGAUCACUUUUUCAGACGCCAACAGAUGUUCGAGCAACUCAAUGCCGAGGGUUACAACUGGAUUGUCUCGAAGAAUGACGCCAAGAUGGAGGAGUAUAUACAUUGGCUGGAGCAGGACAAGCAUGUGCGGCAAAAGUGGAUGGCGGCUUGCGACGCCCACGAGCUGCAUGUCCGUGAGUUUCAGAAAAUCCGAGAGCAGAUGAAGCAGCAGUAA